AUGCAUAUGCGCCGGCCGAUACGGGUGCCGCCGCAUCUUGCCCAGAAACCGCCCGACGGGUCCAUCGUGCGGAAUCGGAUACGACACGGGCUUGAUGGCCCGGAACCAAAACCCGCCCCGCGCGUCCGAAUACAUCACCCCGCGCCCAUCCACGGUCCGUCCCCCGGCCUCCCCCUCCCCCUUCCCCUUCCCCUGUCCCUUCCCGCUCGCAUACUGCACAUCAUAGUGCCCGCUACUGUCCGUCUCCCAGAUAUCGACCCUGACGCCCUCCAGCGCGCGGCCCGCCAGGUCGCGCACGCAGCAGACAACCAGCAACGGCUCGCCGGCAGCGUCGCGCGAGAGCAGGCCGCCAUCGGCGACGGUGGGUGCGUCGUGCGUGUGGAACGGGCCGAGCACGGUGCCCUCGGUGGCGCCGGGGGGUUUCGGGUGGUCGAUGGCGUCGACCAGCAGCGAGAGGCCGAGGAUGUCGGAGAGGAGGAUGAGCUCGUUGCGCUGCGGGGAGCUGAUCUGGCCCGCCUCGAUGAGGAAGGCGAGCGCGGCAGACCACUCGGCGGUCGACAGGCGGGUUUCGCGGGCGAAGUCGUGCAGACACGACGAGUUGGAGAUGUGUUGUGCUACAUGAUAGUGUUUGUGAUGAUGCGCCGGGAUAUCAGCAGCGCUAACAGUUGUCUUCGAUGUAAACGCGAUAGAAGCCCUCUUGCUCUUCUCUGUCUUUCCCCCUGGCUCUACUACAUUGCGGAGCCAGCAAUUUACGAGUCAACCACCACCACCCGGUCAAAGCAAGAGAGUUGGGUGUACGAGGAACUGGAUAUCAACUUCCAGGCUCUCACGGCUGCAAAUGGAUCAUUUGAAUAA